AUGGCCAUCCACACCGUGCUUCAGCUGCUCCUGCUCUUGAUGCGUUUUUGCAUCAGUAGUAGCAGCACCACCACCACCACCACUGCUCCGGCUCCAUUAGCAGUGCGAGCUUCCGGUUCCGUAGCUCCAAGCAACCAAGAGGGCAUCAGGAGAUUCCCAUCUGCCAAUUGUCCAAACAAAUGCGGCCCUAAGCUAAUCAAGUUUCCCUUCGGCAUCGGUCCCGAGUGCUCCCGGCAGACUGGCUUCGACCUCAUCUGCGACAACACCACGCAACCUCCAAGGCUCUAUCUUAGGGACCGCGUCGCCGAGGUUCUGGAUGCCGACUUCGACGCCGGUGCUCCGCCGUUAGAUAUGGGUAGUGUAUCUAUCAAUUUCUUGAUUGCCAUCUCAACAAGUCCAAGUGGUGAAAUGCACAGUGUGACAUUAAAGCCCCCCUCCAGCCAUUUCGGUUUCGCUCUUUGGGACCUGUCAAUCACCGUGUGCGGUGUGUACGCCUACUUGAUUGGAAAUUCAAACAUAAACCCAGAAAUUCCGUUCUGCACUAUAUGUGGGGGACAAGGUACAGACCACGAUACGGUGUAUGGGAAGAGAUGCAACGACAUAUCAUCCGAUAUAAUUGCUAAUGCAGUGCAUUUCAAGUUCGUCCCCCUCAAGGAGGCCCAGCAGGUGCAGCGCCGAACUGCCGGGGUCAACACUACGAUGUAUUGGAAUAUAAAUCACCAAGGGACAUGCGUCGAUGCUGAGGCAGAUGAGGCGAACUUCGCUUGCGUCAGCAACCACAGCUUGUGCCAGGACACCAUGCGCAUGCCUGGUUAUUCAUGUUAUUGUCAGGUCGGGUACACGGGCAACCCGUAUGUACUCGAUGGCUGCUCUCGUGAUCCUGGUUACAAUCCGUCGGCUGGACAAAAUAUGGAGUGCAGUCGGUCUUGUGGUAACAUCAAGGUUCUAUUUCCAUUUGGAUUACGACAUGACUGUUCCGCAAUGGGCAGAUUUCAACUCUACUGCAACACAUCAACUUUGACGCUGCAUCUGCAUUCAGAUAUAGGAAUAUUAUUCAUGUCAUAUUAUAUCACAAACAUCAAUACUACUGAGGGCUCCUUGGAUAUCGAAUAUACCUCUCAUGUCGAAUUGCCACUGUCUUCCUAUAACACAUUCUACACUGCUGUUGGUACAUACUCAAGGAAACUGCAAUGGAUCAUCGCAAAUCUAACUUGCCAAGAGGCAGCUCAAGAUAGCUCCACAUUUGCAUGUGUUAGCACCUAUAGCAAAUGUUUACAUGUCAACUCAACUGUACAAGGUUAUCGCUGUAAAUGCAAUGAUGGCUAUGUUGGAAAUCCAUAUGUCACCGGUCCCGAUGGCUGUCAAGGCCAUUGUAAAGGAGUAUGCCACAACACUAAUGGAAGUCAUUCUUGUGUGCCACCAUUCAUUGCAGGUAUCGCCAUUGGGCUUGGUAUUGGCUUUGGACUUCUACUUCUUGGCUUGAGUGCAUUGUUUAUCCUCCGUAGAUGGAGAAGAGACAUCGAAAAGCAACUGAGAAGAAAGUAUUUUGCAAAGAAUCAUGGCCUCCUUCUAGAACAAUUAAUUUCAUCGAGUGAAGAUGCAAGUCAAAGGACAAAGAUUUUCACUCUGGAAGAGUUAGAGCAGGCAACAAACAAAUUUGAUCACACACGGAUCCUUGGCCGUGGAGGGCAUGGCAUGGUGUACAAAGGCAUCUUGUGUGACCAACGUGUCGUGGCUAUAAAGAAAUCUAAGGUCAUUGAGCAAGGUGAGAUUGACCAAUUCAUCAAUGAGGUCGCCAUCCUUUCACAGAUUAACCACCGAAACAUCGUAAAGCUGUAUGGAUGCUGCCUUGAAACAGAGGUGCCACUACUAGUGUAUGAUUUUGUUCCAAAUGGUUCCUUGUUUGAAAUCCUUCAUUCUGUUCCAAGCAACACCUUUUCAUUGUCCUGGGAUGACUGCUUAAGAAUCGCUGCGCAAGCUGCAGGAGCUCUCUAUUAUCUCCACUCUGCAGCUUCCAUAUCAGUCUUCCAUCGUGAUGUCAAGUCUGCCAAUAUACUCCUAGAUGCAAACUACACUGCAAAAGUUUCCGAUUUUGGUGCAUCGAGAUUGGUGCAUAUAGAUCAAACUCAUGUUACCACACACGUACAAGGCACAUUUGGGUACUUGGAUCCGGAGUAUUUUCGCACUGGGCAGCUAAAUGAAAAGAGCGAUGUGUACAGCUUUGGUGUUGUGCUUUUAGAACUACUUCUCAGACGGAAGCCCAUUUUUACUGGUGAGUCAGGCGCAGCCCAGAGUUUAUCUAUUUAUUUUCUUGCGGAGAUGCAGCAGAGGCCAAUAAAAGAGAUAGUCGCUGCUCAAGUUCGUGAAGAAGCAACCGAGCAAGAAAUUAUCGGUGUUGCCUCCAUUGCAGAGAUGUGCCUACGGAUCCAUGGUGAGGAAAGGCCUACGAUGAAGGAAGUGGAGAUGUCUUUGCAGCUUCUGCAUAAGAAACGUUCGAUGUCAUCCCAUGUCACUCCAAAAAAUGGACGAGCUGAACCUAGUGUCCCGUCUCACUCAGGUAAUGGAGUCAAUCCAGCCUCUGCAGACAGUCAACGAUGUUAUAGCUUGGAGCAAGAGUUCUUAUCAUCUGCUAGCUUGCCGCGCUAA